GCUGAUGAUGAAAUUUCUGAUUUCCUUGCUGAGAGAAAAUCCAGAGUGCCUUUAACAGACAGAAAGAAGAAUUUAAGCCAUUUUUUAAUGUUGUAUCCUGCUGGGCUUUCAGCUUUGGACUCCUGGGUGACCCGUGGAAUCUUCUUUUUUUUCAGAUGGGCCCAUCUUCUGUUAAUUCAAAAUUCCAGUCCAAAAUAACAGAAGCAGCUGAUAUUGUUGUUGGAAUAUGUUAUGCGCUAUUUGGAGUAUGCUCCUUGUGUGGGAACAGUAUUCUCCUCUAUGUUUCCUACAAGAAAAAGAAUUUGUUGAAACCAGCAGAAUACUUCAUUAUAAACCUUGCCAUCAGUGACCUUGGUAUGACUCUGACGUUGUAUCCUCUAGCUGUAACCUCCAGCCUUUCACACAGGUGGCUGUAUGGGAAACACAUUUGCUUGUUCUAUGCAUUUUGUGGGGUACUGUUCGGGAUCUGCAGUCUGUCAACACUGACGUUACUGAGCACUGUGUGCUGCCUCAAAAUUUGUUUUCCAGCUUAUGGGAGCAGGUUCAGGAGAGAGCAUGGACAAAUCUUGAUAGCCUGUGCUUGGACCUACGCAGCAAUUUUUGCCUGUUCUCCCUUAGCUCACUGGGGGGAAUAUGGAGCAGAGCCUUAUGGCACAGCUUGUUGCAUUGACUGGCAUUCCACCAACGUAAAUGUUGUGUCAAUGUCUUACACUGUAGUUCUGUUUGUUUUCUGUUUUAUUCUCCCUUGUGGGGUAAUUAUCACUUCCUACUCGCUUAUUCUGAGAACUGUGAAAGAAUCCAGGAAGGCAGUGGAACAGCACGUCUCCGGUACCACCAGGAUGAGCAAUGUGCAAACCAUUACUGUCAAGCUGAGUGUUGCUGUGUGCAUUGGAUUUUUUGCCGCAUGGAGCCCUUACGCCAUCAUUGCCAUGUGGGCAGCUUUUGGAUCAAUAGAUAAGAUUCCUCCAUUAGCCUUUGCUGUGCCAGCUGUCUUUGCAAAGUCCUCCACACUGUACAAUCCAGUUGUCUGUCUUCUUCUGAGGCCUAGUUUCCGAAAUACCGUUGUCAAAGAUUUCACAAUUUUUCAGCAGCUGUGCAUCAGGACUUGUUUUUGUGUCAAAGCCCUGCAGAACUAUAGAUCAACUUUGGAGAUCAGCCUGAGAACAUUUAAUGGCAAAAAAGAAUCCAGCUGUAACUCUUUGCAAACCGUGGAAGGGUGUUCUUAUUUCCCCUGUGAAAAGUGCAACGAUACUUUUGAAUGCUUUAGAAACUAUCCAAAAUGCUGCCAGGAGAGGCUAAGCACAGUGGAAUGCACUGCUCAAGACAGCGUGUCCUUGCACAACAGUCUGCAAGUAGAAGUGAGACAGGGCAGUAGGAAGUCUGUAAAGGUGGUUGUGCGGGGAGAAAAAAGCACUGAAACUGAUAACUUGGAAAUCACCUUAGAGACCAUACCCGUGCAUUGUGCAUUUACAGACCUCUAGGGCUGCUUAUCCAAAUUCCUUUGACAGUAGCACCAUUAUACUGCAUUUAUGAAUGUAACCCUUUCGAAAGAGCUCUUCUGCUACCCCAUUUGCUAUACUGUUUUCUUGAUUUUCUCAUGUAUUCCUUGACUGGACACAUGCUACAGCAUGGACAUGUUAUAAAUGCUGUAUGACUCUCACCAUGCUGACUUAAGUAUA